AUGGACGGUUCUUCUGCAUCCAACUCUGCGUACUACAAUCGACGUCGAUCGUCUCUGGAGAUCUAUCGUACCUUUCUCGACGAGUUUUUGGCGUCCAAUGGUGGUUGGCUGCUCAUCUUGCUGGGAUUUCUCACAGCUCUAGGAGCGGGUGCGCUGGUAGGGGCAGUCCCUCAAGUCUUGACACAGAAAUUUGCGGAACAUCAGUAUGGAUUGGACAAGGAAAUCCAAUGCCUUUCCGAGGAACCUCUGCCCAUGGAAUGUGUUCAGGGCGCGGAUUAUGCUCAAGGCGCCGCGUCCUAUACUUCUCUCUUUCGUAACUUGAUGGCAUUGCUGGUGAAUUCGGUAGCAGGAAGUUAUUCCGAUACCCACGGCAGAAGAGGCGUCCAAAUCGCCAGUCUCUUCUUGGUGGUACUCUCGCCCAUUUCCUUUUGGUUGAUUCAAAUCUCUGACGAGGUCCCACCCAUUUGGUACUACAUUUUGGAUUGCUUUGCGGGCAUUAUCAGCUGGUUCUCCAUUGGUUUUACGCAACUCUCCGAUAUCAUGCCUCAAAGGCAUCGCGCCGCAGCCUUUGGACUCUACUUUGGAUCCUUCAUGGCGGGCAUUGCCAUUGCACCCUUUCUCGCCACACUCAUGACUCAUGUCCAGAUUGCCGUGUUUUCCUCCCUCGUUCGCAUUGUGGCCUUGCUCAUUGCCAUUCUCUUUCUGCCCGAGACGUUGCCCGUCGAGAAUCGACGACGCAGCAGUCACCUCGCCGUCCACGACGACUAUGUGGCCGCUCACCCCAACAGUAAAAAGAGCUGGUGGAAACUACUCUUGUCACCCAUUGUCAAAAUGAGCAUCCUUCAACGAUCGUCCUCGCUCCUCCUGGUGGCAUUUGGUGCCUUUACCAGCAAGAUGGUAUUCAGUGCGGAUGUGACGCUCUUCUUUUACUACAUUGAAGCCAAUCUCGGUGCCACCGAGCAGGAUGUGGCGGGAAUGAUGUUUACCACGGGGGUUGUGGGCGUGCUGGUCCAAGCGGGCUUUUUAAAGUAUCUCAUUUCCUUUUUUGGAGAACGACGGUUGCUCAUUCUUAGUUUUUGCUCGGGCAUGGCUCACAAUUUAAUCUAUGGACUGGCUCCCAACAAGUGGUUCCUCUACGUGGGUUUGUGCCUGUCGGCAUUGACCAAUACCAACAAUGCCCUGCUUUCCUCGCUGGCAUCCCGCAGUGUGGCGCGUACCGAACAGGGACACAUUCAAGGGGCACUGUUUAGUCUCACAUCCUUGGCCGAAGCGAUUGGUCCGAUCAGUUUCAACUUUAUCUACCGCAACUGGCACACAUUUGGUUCGGGGACCAUGUUUGUGGUGGGUGCCAUGUUGUUUGGUGUGGGAAUGGUGGCCGUCUCCUUGGUGCCACCCAAGGAAGUCAAUGAUGAUGAUGAUGACGAACAAGAGGGCGAUGACAAGUUUGCCGACGAAGAGGAGAGCACGUCCGAUCUCGAUGGGAGCCAAGAAGAAAAGGAGAUCUUGGUUUUGCCCUAG